CUUAUGAAGGGAGCGGCGGCGGGGCGGGGGGGAAGAGGUGACAGGCUAUUGUGGUGCCGUGAGGGUGGCUCUUCUUCCACACGAGCGCUUCGUUUUGAACAGGCUAAGCGGGCUUCUUCGUCCCUCCACUGAACCUUCCCGCGCUCCCCCCCCUCCGGUGGAAUUUUGCUAGGCAACCAAUCAAGCUCCCGUAUUCUUCUUCUGAAGGGGUGUCGAAUAGAGGACAAUUUGUAAAACUUUUUUUUUCAAAAGAGACUCCGGUUCAUCUGGUACAUCUCGGAGCCCGCGUCCCUCUUUUCCCUGCUUCCCUCCCUCCCCGUCCCGGAGGAGCGCGCGCUUAGCACUCCGCUAGCGGCGUAGCAGGAUGCGCAAUCCCCGUACAUCUAGGAUGGCUUGCUGAGUGUUUCGCGGCAUGUUCCCAAGUAGUUCAUUGCACAGUGAUCUUUUGCUUUUUGUAGGAGCUUCUGAACGCUUGGCUCGGGUUGAGGAGAGCGGGCCCGUGAACGGCAGCCUCGUCAGCUGCUAAGCCCCCGACUCGCUGGCUGAUCUAAAGUGUAUUUCCUCGGAAGUGGGAGUGAGAAGCGCUUAGAUUGAGUGGGGAAGGGGCGUUUUCCUGCAACAAGGAUUAAAAGCUCCGUUUUGUUGUGUACGCUGCUUUGAAUCUCGUCUUAAAUUAAAUCAAGCAUGGAAAGUGGAAUCCAGAAGCACAAGAUAAUUCAACUAACAGGGUUUAAGAACCAGGAAAAAAAGACCCUAGUUGAAUUGCUUUUGAAACUAGACUGUGUUUUCUUAGACACUGAGCAAUACAGAAAUUGCACUCACCUUAUAGCAAAGCGAGCUUGUAAGAGUGAAAAGUUCUUAGCAGCCUGUGCAGCAGGAAAGUGGAUACUAACCAAGGACUACAUAAUUAAUAGUGCUGAAAGUGGCAGAUGGCUUGAUGAAACAUCUUACGAAUGGGGAUAUAAAAUCGAAAAAGACUCCCAUUAUUCACUUCAAAUGCAAUCUGCACCUAAAAGAUGGCGUGAAGAGCUGACACGGUCUGGUACUGUAGGGGCCUUCCACAGAUGGAAAGUUGUCCUCCUUAUUACAAGAGGUCAUAAACGAAAGGAUUCUUUGAUAAGAGUUCUAAAAGCAGGGAAAGCCACUGUAUAUGAAACUGUGAGUGCAUCAAAAGAUAUUACUCAUAUAUUAACUAAUAAUACAGCAAUACAUCUAGGAAGUGAGAAGCGUAUCUUCGGAGCUACAUAUUAUCCAAUUCGCUAUUUAACAACUUAUCUCUUAGAGAAUGAAAUUAAAAGUGAUAUUGAAAAACAUCAUGUGGCAGAUGCCGAUACUGAGCAAGAAUCCAAAGAAGUAAUGGCUGAUCUACAUCUUAAUGAAAUAAAAGGUGCACUGAUAAAGCACAUAUAUUUUCAGCAGGCUAUGCUGAGCAAAUACACUCAAAUAGAGCAAAUGGACAACACACAAAAGGAGGUGAAAAAGACUUGCUGUUACAAAAGAGACAAUAUGCUUGAAGAAUUAGUAAAUGACCACUUCUUUCCUACUGCGGUCAUGGAGUUUCUUUCUGGGAGAGAUCUCAUUCCUCCUGCUAAACUUCUUCAUUCUCUUCUAGAGCACAUACUACAGGGAAAUUCUGACCCCACAAUUUCUGUUCAGUUUUUUCACAUCAUGUACACUCUGCUGGAGCAUGAUCCACCUUGGAAGUCACCUUCCAUGUUAAGAUACUACCUGGAAGUUCUUCAGUGUCCUGUGUGCAUGAAAGGAACAUGGCCUCUGGUGGAGAUGCUUAUGGGGUCUUGCCUUUACUGCAGAAAUAUUUGCCAUUCAGUUCCUGCUUCAGAAACUAUAAGUGAGGAAAAAGCAUUUCACAAAAGGCUGCUAACAUUUAUCCUAAAUGUAUUCCAAGCUGAAGUACUGGCAUUAACAAAAAGUUUAUAUGAAGGAGCUGAUUCGCAGCAUCUUCACGGGAUGCCACCAACAGUUCUUCUGAAGACCUUUUGGUUAGGAAGUGAAUCAGGACUUUUCACUAAACAGUUGAACAUUCUAGUAGACUGGGUCAUAAACUCCUAUAAAGAAAAGUACAAGACAGAUGACAUUUUCAAACAUGAGAUAGCUGAGAUAUUGAAUGGAAUUUUGGGAGCCGUAGUGGAUUAUUGGAUUCUUUCAGGGUUUGUGAUGGACAGAAAUGUGUUGCAUCCCGUAGCUGAUGAUCUUGCUUCUUAUAUUGCUAUUUCAUGUGAUGAUUUUUCAUCAGAGGAAUUAAAAAUGUUUGUUUCUUCCAUCCCAUCUUUGUGGCUUGAAAUGUUUGUUGCAGAAGCAAUCUUUAAAAAACAUUUCCAAACUAUUGCUGUUACAUCUACUGAACCACUCUCUCUCCAAAAAAUUGUUUGUGCCUAUCUUCCUGCUUUACAACUAUGGAUGCGUGAGACAGAGAAGAUGCAGAAAGCCAGGAGAAAGAAAAUAGGGCAAUGGCCUUGCCCUGAGUCUCAAAGGGCAUUACUGAUGCUUAGUGGUGAUAAGCAGAACCAAGCCGAAGUGCUGCCUGAUGUACCUCUACAAACAAGUGGCAACUCUUCAUACAUUCCAAAGAAACGAAGGAAAAAAGAGAAAAAUGAGAUGUCGCAUGGCAAAGAAAAUCAGUUUUCUUCAGCUAAACAGAUGAAUGUUUGCAAAGUUAAUAUUAAAGGAGAGACAGCUCUGCAUAUUGCUUGCAAAAGCAACAACGUGAAGAAAUUGAUUCAUCUUCUGUCUCUACCAGGAAUAGAUAUUAACGUUAAAGACCAUGCUGGCUGGACGCCUUUGCAUGAAGCCUGUAACCAUGGUAGCGCUGUAUGUGUCCGUGAAAUUUUGCAACAUUGUCCAGAGGUAAACCUGUUCAGCCAAGUGGAUGGGGUGACUCCCUUGCACGAUGCAUUGGCAAAUGGAUAUAUAGAGAUCGCUGAGCUUCUACUUCAGUAUGGGGGACCAGUAUUGCUGCAGCAGAAAGAUUCUAAUGGAAACCUGCCACUUGAUCUUGUAAACUGUGUAACAACUAAGCAACAUCUUUUGCAAAUUGUUCAGUCAGAACAGACGGUUGAGGACUUUCAUGCUGAAGUAGAAAACUAUCUGUAUAAUCAACAGACAGUAUUUUGGACAAUUCUUCUUUGUAAAAUGUUGCUAAAUUUUUGUACUGUGUAUAAUUUAUUUAAACCUUUAUCUGUAAUAUUUAAACAUUUAGCCUGUUCAAAUCUAACAAUGGUUACUUCUAGUUGCUGCAAGUUUAAUACAAGCUCUGCUAGCCAUUGGUUCCUAGAUCUUUAUUGUAGAGAGCUUGAAACCUUUCAAAAUCUGCCUGAAUAUCUUCAGAAAACCAUUGAAGAUCUGAACAGUGAAUCAGGAGAAGAGAAACAAGCAUUUGCAGCAACAUUACAACAAAUUUCCAUGACAGUUCAGAUGUCUAGAUAUUCUUUGACCAACUAACUUUCAAAGUCGCCUGAGCUGUCUAUAAUUGUUGAUUCUCCAAAAUUUAGGAUAAUAUCUGUGCCUCUUUGAACUACUCUUCCCUGAAACCAUGUUGUUAUCCUUGUUUGUUCUUGCCAACUCUCAUUCAAACAAACCACACUUUCCCAUUUUACAGAGAGAUGUGGUUUAUGGGAUCAGAGGAAAAUGUUUCUGGUCUCAUAAAUAGGUAUGUGUAAACCUAAGGCUCACUAUGGCUCAUUUAUCUAUUGAAAAGCUGGUGUCCUAUUACUUGUGAUCUGGACUAUAUUAUUGUUCUGCUAGCCUUCCGAGCUGUACCAAUGAUCUGGCUCCAAUUCAUUGUGUUUUCUUAUGCCAGCAGUUAAACUUGAUUUGAUUAGUUAUUAUACCAACCAUGAAUGAAUAGGCUUGUUAGGUUUGUUUGUUUAUUAGUUUAUAGUACAUUAAUAUUUGCGUAAAAUAAAUGUUUGGAAAAUCC